GCAUAUAUACCCCAGCACGCCAUUCAAGCACCAGUCAAUUUCUGUGCAGCGCCUGUAGCGCACGGUUGUAAAUUACUGCAAUACGCACCGCACUACAUACGCAAGAUUCGCGCGCUACUUCGCGGGACUUUAUUAAGGUUAAUUAAAAAAACACAAGAUGGCUGAUUCAGGCCACGCCAAAAUAGAAGAUAAUCCAAAAAUUCUGUCGGGUCCAGUCCUGACCAACUCCCCGAACGCAGUAUUAUCCAAGACACUUCUAGGUCGCUACAAUGACCUUUCAAUCCCAGCUGAUAGAAUCCUAGCUACAUACGUGUGGAUUGAUGGUACAGGGGAGCACAUGAGAUGCAAAGACCGGACUUUGAACUUUAUUCCCAAAGUACCAAAGGAUUUGCCGGUAUGGAACUUCGAUGGCAGUUCAACAGGUCAGGCUGAUGGCCACAACUCCGACACCUUCCUGGUUCCGCGCGCCAUUUACAAGGAUCCUUUCCGUCGUGGAAACCACGUCCUCGUUAUGUGUGAUACUUUCAAGCAUAACAUGGAACCUACAGAAAGCAAUCACCGCGUGAAAUGUCAAGAAGCAUAUGACACAUGUAAAGAUGAUGAGCCAUGGUUCGGUAUAGAACAAGAGUACAUUCUCUUGGAUUCGGAUCUAAGGCCCUUCGGAUGGCCCCCAGGUGGCUUCCCCCCACCACAGGGCCCUUACUACUGCGGAGUGGGUGCGAACAAAGUCUUCGCUAGGGAUCUCGUCGAAGCACACUACAGGUGCUGCUUAUACGCUGGUGUACCAAUUUCUGGUACGAAUGCGGAGGUGAUGCCAUCUCAAUGGGAGUUCCAAGUCGGACCCUCUGUGGGAGUAUCAGCUGGCGAUGACCUCUGGGUCGCUCGCUAUAUCUUGCACAGACUCGCUGAAGAGUACGGUGUCAUCGUAUCCUUUGACCCCAAGCCAGUACAAGAAUGGAACGGCUCGGGCGCACACACCAACUUCUCGACAAAAAAGAUGCGUGAAGAGAACGGUAUCAUUGAGAUCGAGAAGGCUAUUGACAAGUUGUCGAAGGUGCACAUGAAGCAUAUCAAGGUUUACGACCCACGCGGCGGUAAGGACAACGAGCGGCGACUCACCGGCCUGCACGAGACCGCCAGUAUUAACGACUUUAGCGCAGGAGUCGCAAGCCGCGCGAGCAGCAUCAGAAUACCGCGUGCGGUAGCUGAGGAGAAGAAAGGAUACUUGGAAGACCGCCGGCCGGCUUCAAACUGCGACCCUUACGCUGUCAUUAACGCUCUCAUGCGCACUUGCAUAUUGAAUGAAUAACAUCGGAGCCGAAGGAAUCACGCCGCUUCCACACGUGUCAGCUAGCACCGACUAAAUGCAGCACGACUAUAAAUAAAAAAAUAAUAUAUAUGAAUUGUCGAUAGCACAUUUUACAUUUUUAUACACAAGGCCUUAUAUGAAAUGUUGAUCAAAUUUUGUAAUCUAUAAAAUAGUUUUUUUAAAUGUUUUUACGGUUUAAAUAAUGCGCAAAGAUUGGUGCAAGAAUACAUUUUAUUUCUCGUGGUACGUGUUUGUGUGAGGGCUUGAAUAAUUGAAAUAACGUGUAGGUAGUGGAAUAGGAGUAGGGAUAUCGCUUGUAAAUUUUUCUAAUAGCAGAUUAGAGAUAAAUUUUAACGAAAUUAAUGUUCGAUUUUCAUUUGCCUUAGCUAUAAGCUACGAUUAAUGAACAAUUAUUGGCAGAACCAUUAUUUAUCUGUAACAAGGACAAAGGCUGGUUUUGUACAAAAUUCACUAAGAUAAAUGAAUUAUUCACAAUUUAAACUUAAGUGACUGGUUGAAUCUUUCUAUGCGACUGUACCUCCAUUCGAACAGUAUAUUGUUCUGUCAGUUUAUACCUACGCGUGUCUUGAAUUGAAUAUAGGAAUUGAUUUUUAACCAUUACCGCAAUACCAAUUAGUAGUUAGUGAUCGCUAAUUCGCUAGCACUCCUGCUUUAGGUCGACACGUGAAAGAAGUAGUGCGUUACGAUGGACCACAAGAUAUUAUAAAAUAUUUAGAGAAUAUUUUUACGACUAUUAUGUGAUAUUUAAACAUUAUUGUUACUUUCAUGUUUAAUAGUUUAUUAUAUACAAAAUAACCACAUAUCAUUAUUUCUAACAAGUUCAUUUAUUGCAUAGCUAGAUAGGCGAAUCAAUAAUAUAUUAUUAAAAAAGUAAAUCUGUCAUUUUGACAUUUGUUACUAACAUUAUUAAAUUUUUAAUUCUAAAAUACAUAGAUAACUUAUUGUUUAAUCCAAUUAUAUAAAAAUAAAUAUAUUGUAGCUAAGAAUAUAGGGUAUAAUUAUGUCAUGCCUAAACAAUAUAUAAAUGUAUUAGAGAUAAUAAUGAUGCCUUUUAAUAACACUUAUGAAAAAACCUAAACACCAGAGUACAUAUAAGCACAAAUAGAAUCGUAUGUAAUGAAUUUUAGGUAAUAUUUUUAAUUGCAUGCAUCCGAUGUCUGGAUUUGACAAAUUUUAUUUGUAUAUGAAUAUGUUAUUACAAAACGUUAUCAAAAUAAACGAUACUUUGUUGUUA